UCCUCCACUUAUCUACCUUCAUAUCAAACACCUUUGUGCUUACUAGCUCAUUCUUCAUUUUCUGCCCUAUUUUUUUUUUUUAUCCCUUCUCAUAAAAUGGGGAAAUCAGUUGCAGUUGGGUUGAAGAUUUUAAUUAAUCAGAAGAAGAUUUGUGGACGGAAAAAAGAUGUUAAUAAUGUUUUAAUUAUGUAUAGUUCAAGAUUCAACAAAGUGAAACCCAUCUUCCACACUAAUCCUACUGAAUCUCUUAGCAGUGAACAUGAUUGUUGCUUCCUCAAAUAUUGUUUCCUUUGCAACAAGACUUUGAAGCUCGACAAAGAAGUUUACAUGUACAAGGGUGACUUGGGAUUCUGCAGUGUGGAGUGUAGAAACAGGCAGAUUUAUUUGGAUGAAAUUAAAGAGAUUGAAAGCUGUACUAAGAAAAUGUUGCAAUCUUUUCGUCGAUGUGGAGAUGAUGGUCGCCGUUGUACUGAAACUUUCGCUCUAUUGGAGGAAUAUAAGCAACGGCGAAAUCCCUUAGCAUAUUCUAAGAAAAAUAUUCGACCUUUAUUCACACUAUCAUAAUAAUUCAUUCUCAUUUUGCUUUAUCCUCAAUUUUUUUUUAUUGAUUCUCAAUAUAGUAUUUUUGGUUCGACUAUUCCAAUAUGCUUUUGGUAUGUCUAGUAUGGGAACAAAAUGAUUCCUUUCAAUAAUCAAUCAAAAAUCUCGGAUUAAAGAUGAAA